UUAACGGAUUUUCAGGGACAGGGGUGGAGACUUCUCAGAGGAUCGGUUAUGGGCUUCCCUUGCCAAUCUUGGUGGCUCAGGUGCCUGUGUAGCUGCUAAUGAGGCGAGGGGUGAUGCUGGGUGAGAUGAGCCACUUGGGCCCAGCUUGUCUUGUGCAGGGUCUAAGCCUUAGUCUGGUGGGGGUGGGCUUCCGUGACGGUUUCUGUAGUUUUCAUCGACCACAAUUCUGCCACAUACCCUGCCUCAAAGGAAGAAACCUUUUUAAAAAUACACUCUCCAUGAAGCCCCUCUUUCUGUUAAGCUCGGCCACCAUAACAGUUCCGUUCCUGUGUGCGCCAAGCUUGUGUGAGCUGAGUGAGACAGGCGUCGGCCUGCAGCGGGGAGCGGGUACCUCUCGUGUGAUCAGGACGUAAAGAUAGCCUCGCCCUGCAGCUUCGACCAACAUCACGGAACUGGCCAUCAGGAGAGCGUCCCUAGUGGAGUGGCUUUGGGAGGGGCGUUCACUGAGGUCCUCCCUUCCUGUGGGCCUGUCCUCCGACGCCCACAGGAGGCGCUCAAGGUCCCGCCGGCUCUCACAGGCUGGAAAACCACGUACCCCCGGGUCCUUCGGGGAAGCACCUUGAAAUAAAAAUAUCUUUCUCAUCAGAGUUAUUUGCCAAAGAAAACCACGAGCUGCGGAUAGCAGGCGGCGCCGUGCGGGACCUGCUGUCCGGCGUGAAGCCGCAGGACGUGGACUUCGCCACCACCGCCACGCCUGAGCAGAUGAAGGGGCUGUUCCAGGCGGCCGGCGUCCGCAUGAUCAACAACAAGGGGGAGAAGCACGGGACCGUCACGGCCAGGCUGCAUAACGAAAAUUUCGAGAUCACCACCCUGCGGAUUGACGUGGUCACGGAUGGAAGACACGCGGAGGUGGAAUUCACGACGGACUGGCAGCAGGACGCCGAGCGCCGAGACCUCACUGUCAACUCGAUGUUCCUGGGCUUUGAUGGUACUUUGUAUGACUACUUCAAUGGUUAUGAAGACUUAAAGAAUAAGAAAGUGAGAUUUGUUGGACAUGCUAAAAAGAGGAUACAAGAAGAUUACCUUAGAAUUUUAAGAUAUUUCAGGUUUUGUGGGAGGAUUGUAGACAAACCUGGUGACCACGACCCUGAGACUUUGGAAGCAAUUGCGGAAAAUGCCAAAGGCCUGGGCGGAAUAUCAGGAGAGAGGAUCUGGGUGGAACUGAAAAAGAUUCUGGUUGGAAAUCAUGUCAGUCAUUUGGUUCACCUCAUCUACGACCUCGGCGUGGCUCCCUACAUAGGUUUACCUGCUAAUGCAAGUUUGGAAGAAUUUGACAAAGUCAGUAGAAAUGUUGAAGGAUUUUCACCAAAGCCAAUGACUCUCUUGGCCUCGUUAUUCAAAGUGCAGGACGAUGUCACAAAAUUGGAUUUGAGGUUGAAGAUUUCAAAAGAAGAGAAAAACCUUGGCUUGUUUCUAGUUAAAUACAGGAAUGACUUAACUAAAGCAACGGACAGUUCCGAACCACUGAAACCCUACCAGGACUUCAUCAUAGACUCCAGGGAGCCCGAUGCCGCCGCCCGCGUCUGGGAGCUGCUGAAGUACCAGGGCCAGCCCGGCCUCCUGCAGGACCUGCAGCAGUGGUCCGUGCCCUCCUUCCCCGUCAGCGGCCACGACAUCAGGAAGGCGGGCAUCUCCUCCGGGAAGGAAAUCGGGGCGCUGCUGCAGCAGCUGCGGGACCAGUGGAAGAAGAGCGGUUACCAGAUGGAGAAGGACGAGCUGCUGAGUCACAUAAAGAAGAGCUGAGUCCGUGGGAGCCGCCACCAGCAGGACAUCUCGGUAAGCCGCUCACCUCUGCCCUGGGGAGGCCGAGAGACUCGAGGAGCGGCUGAAGGCGGCCAAGGGUCUUUAGAGAAUAAAGCCUUUUACACUCUG